AUCCUGAUAACACAUUUCAUAAUGUUAGUAGCAUUCGUAUUCGGGCAUAAGGAUCAAGAAGUAGGGCAAAGCAAUUGGAAGUGUUUUGUGACCUGCGCGAGAAGAAACAAAAAUGAGUAAAAUCUUUCGUUCGAAGUCGAGUGAUUUCGAAAAAGAGGCAUUGGAGGCGCACAACGAGCAUCGACAGGAACAUGGCGUACCCCCACUAGUGCUCAGCAAGGACAUCUGCAAAGUCAGCCAAAAAUGGGCAGAGGAACUCGCGAAAAAAGAUGUCAUGUCCUACAGCGUCAAUCAAAACUACGGGGAGAGCAUCUACUGCGGCUGGUCUCCCGACCCGAACGUCAAAAUCACAGCAAAAGAUUGUGUCGAUCGAUGGUACAACGAAAUAAACGAUUACUCGUUUGGCAAGGAGCCAGAGAUCUUGAACUGCGGUCACUUCACUCAAAUGAUUUGGAAGAAUACCAGGGAACUCGGCAUCGGGAGCGCGAAGAGCAAAUCUGGGAAACUUUACGUGGUCGCCAACUACUAUCCACCGGGUAACUAUAGCAACCAGUUUGUGAACAACGUUCCCCCGCCAGGAGCCUUUCAGUUCAAGUCGUCGCUGACCGUGAGCAACUCGAUCACUCCAAGAGGUUCGAACAAUAACCUAGCACCGCCCUCACCGAAUCACCGAAACAGUAAAAAUUUCGGUGAAAUCGCCUCCGACUUGGUGGCAAAAUUCAAAUCGACUUCCAUAACUAGCGACAAAUUUGAGGAAGAAUUCCUACAAGCACACAACGAUCUUAGAAAGAAACAUCGAGUGCCCCCACUGAGGAUCAAGAAGGAACUCAACAAAUAUGCAGAGGAGUGGGCAAAAACGAUCGCGAAACGAGGAAAAGUUGAGCACAGAGAUCAGAAUGACUACGGAGAGAAUAUAUUCUACGCUUGGUCUUCCGAUCCGAACUUCUCCUUGUCGGGAAGAGAUCCAGUGGAGAAAUGGUAUAGUGAAAUAAAGGACCACACUUUCGGUCGGGAUCCCGACAAUUUGGGUUCCGGGCAUUUCACCCAAGUCGUAUGGGAGGACACCGAGGAAGUAGGAGUCGGUGUUGCCAAAACCAAGGAGGGCCAAAUCUACGUCGUCGCAAAUUAUUUCCCACCGGGUAACGUAAUAGGGAGCUUCGCUACAAAAGUACGACCCCCCGUAAAUUAAAAUCCCAAAGUAAAUUCACCAAAGACUGUCUUUACAUUCCAAAGAAGUAAUUUAUUUUUACACAGACCUUUGUACAUAAAAGAGAGAUUAAUUUAAGAAUAUAGGAUAAGAAGAUUAUAAUGAAACGAAUAAAAUUUUGAUAAAGUGAAUUUUUCACGAAAUACAAAGUGAGAAAACGAUGAAUAUACGCUUUUAUUUAU